CUUUGCCGAUUCUGGCGUGCACUGUGAUUCUUCUGCUUCCAGAAAUUGCUUUGGUUCAUGGACCGCUGGUGUGGAGUUCUGAAUGUCCCAUUACAUCCUCUUGCUCGGUCCUGCUACCGUGUUGCAGCAUCUCUCUGCCUUUCCCCUACUUCCAAAACACUAAUUGUUCCUUCAGCAAAUGCCAUCUUUUUCGGCGGAGAUCGAGUGGCAGGCACUGGUAAUGAAGUUGUUGAGAGGUUAUCAGACUUGCAAAAUAUAGCUGAAAUACUGGUUUCAAAGAUUGGUGGUUCAGUCAAUGCUUGGGUUAUUGAAGCUUCUGAUUUCAAUGGGCCUUUUGCUGUGUACAAGGACUUCAUACCAUCUGUUAAUCAAUGGGGAGAGCCAAAGUUAUACUGCCCUGAUGGAUAUCCAGCUUCUGGAUCAAUUGUUUCACUCUUGUCAAGUUUCCUUGAAGAGGUGAAGAGUCACAUAGUGAGACAGAAAGCAUUGCCCUCACCCGGAAUAUCCACAUCGCAUUUUAGUCAACCUAAGAUAUUAAUUUUUGGAUUUAGCAAGGGUGGCACUGUGCUUAACCAGAUAGUUACUGAGCUUGGCUUCUCAGAUAUUGAAUUAUCUAGAGAUGAGCUCAUGGAGGAAAAGGAAAUUAGUAUGGAAGAAGAUAUUCAUAUCAUACCUAGAACAAAGGAAACCCUUUUGACCAGUAUCAGAGAGAUUCAUUAUGUGGAUGUUGGAUUAAAUUCACCUGGUGCAUAUAUCACUGAUGAUGGUGCAAUUGAGAAAAUCUCCAAACGCCUAACACAAGUAGAUAAAGGGAUCUGUUUUAUCCUUCAUGGAACACCCAAGCAAUGGCGUGACAGCAGACGUUCUUGGAUAUGCGAUGAAAAAGACAAGUUGGUUGAUCUGCUUGAAUAUGAAGCUCAGAGAAGCGGUGGAAAAUUACAGGUUUGUGAGAAAUUCUAUUUUGCUGAUAGGUCACCUGAUUUGCAGAUGCAUUUUGAAAUAAUUGAAAAAUUGGAUGUCAGUUAACCACUAUAAAAUAUAAAAGUCAUUGUAAUUAUACUAUCAAGAAUAAAGUAAACGAAAUGUGCAAUGAAUGUUAUGAUUGUAUUUUUAGUUAUAUAAUGAAAAUAAGAGUGAUUGUUAAAC